AUGUCACCAAUUUCGAAGUUCUUGAUGAUCAACCUUACCAUCUUCUUCGCAUUCCUCACCUCUCUCGGCUCGGCUGACCGUUGUGAAGUUUGUAUGUACGAUGGAACAAUUUAUCGUGAUUAUCACGGAGCAAUUGCAGCCCCCAAAUUCUGCAGAGAAAGAGCGUAUAUAAUGACGAAAAUGAACGAACAAACAGAACCUAGAGGAGCACUGUGUACCUACCUGAAUUGGAAUACACAAGUCAAAGAUAAAUACGGUCAAAAAACAUUUUGUCGAAUCCAAUGUGAGCGUUCAACUGAUUGUAUCCCGGCAAGUCGUCAAAUACCAGAUAAAGACGGACAAGAAAUAGAGCACCCUGCGUUUCUUGGGCGUAGGGAUAUGGCUUGUAAUGAAUGGCCCGCUAAUUAG